AUGAGCGUGAACAACAAAGCUGUCAACAGGGAACCAUCCUUAAAGACGGCCGACGCCGUCGCCGCCAGUCCCCGCCCGUUACCGACAUCACUGCUGGAGGACCACGGUGCUGUUCUCUGCGCGAGGACCGAAACCCCGCAAAGAGCAACCAGACCGAAGCCAGAAGACCCCAUAACAGGUUCCAAAGUUGCGGGCGUGAAAAAAAUUUUGUCUCCACCCAGGAACUCCUCCACAGCAGAGGCCGAUCAUCAUGUUGUGGCCUCUACUUCCGUGCAAGAAAGAGGCACGACUGCGGGUGGUGGAACAAAAAGGAGUUUGUCCUCGAGUGCCAUCUUCGAGGCCUCAUCGUGUUCGACAACUCCUUCGUCAACAUCAGCGGCUGACGUCGAAUCAGCACAGAAUAAAUUUGACAUCAACGCGCUCCUUACGCCAGUGAUCGUAACCUCCCCGAUCAAGUCCCAGCCCUCCACGGAGAUGCUCGAGCAGACCGCGUACAGCUUUUUCCGCGCCUGUCCGGAUUACAAGAGGCAAAUCGUGGUCGCGUGCGACGGUUACUACGUGAAAGACAAUGUGAACGAAAACAAACGGUGCUACGGUGCGGUUUCCGCCGCCCAAGCGGAGAGGUACGAGGCUUACAUGGAAAAAUUGGAAAACCACCCAGACCUUGCGAAAUUUUUCAAAGUCCUACGACCCGAGAGUAGAUCUCGGCCAGAUGUGGAUGGAAAUGGGGUCGUGGAGCCCGACGUCGCGCGGAAGAUGACUGCGAAAAAUUCAUCGUAUUCGUCGUCCCACGUCGGGUUCGCCUGGACUUUACAACGCGCCAUCCGCGAGCUCGUGCCUACAAAAUUGGUGAUGGUGCUGCCCCACGACGUGCGGUUCGAUGACAAGUUUAACGGCGAGAAGAUCUGCCAGGCGUGCGAUCUGAUCAUGAGGACAACUUCAACUGGGGAUCAUGGUUGUGACGUGCCUCUUCAGGAGGUCGUGAACAAAGAUUGCAGUCGUGUAUUAACUCAGCAUCGUCCGAAGAUCAACUACGUCGGAUUCCUGUCCGGGCGCACGGCGAAUCUACAGCAGAGGUACUGGGAAAAGGCUGGCCUGUAUCUGCAGAAACAGGUGGAGAUCGCGUUUCCGGGGGAGGGCACAAGGGCGAAGCCAGUUGACCUGCAGCCCUUGCCAAUCUGGAAGGAGAACCCGCACAUUGCUUCGGUCGCGAAAUACGAGGAAUUUAUCUUUUCUGGGAAGUUCAAAAGAAUCAAAAGAGGGCAAUUUAUCGAGGAAACGGUCGGGCAGGAGAUGCUGUCGCAGAUGAAGGCGCUGGCGGCGAGCGGCACUGACGAGGGGAAACACAAAGCGCGGGAACUGCAUCGGAACCACUUCGGGUGCUACUUGCUCUGCGACGACGAGGUUGCGGCGACGCGGCACUUGGACGGCAGGUGCUACGUGCCGGUGCAGGAGAGGAAAGAGCGGGGUUGGGUGGUCGACGACGCGGACUUUGUCGAGGACUGCACGAGACAUUUUUACGGACGAGGUACUCCUGUUAUAGUGGCCGGGGCAAAAAACGCAGACGGCGAAGUUCACACGGAAUCACCUUCAAUGCGCUCGGCAUGUAUAGUAGGAAACGAAGCAGCAGAUCAAGAGCAGGUCGAGGACGAAAAUCAAAAUCCACGAGAAAUCGAAGAUGAAUCAACAGAUAACAUAACGGUCUAGAGUGAGAUUCAAUGUUGGACCAGAGUUUGUAAGAGCAAAGCAAGGUGGAAACGAAAAGGCGACUUUCACCAGGCAGAAACUGCUGGAAACUAAGUGAU